UCAAUGUGGAACAGUAAAAAAACUGUGGACAAGAUGCGUUCCGUCACGCUCAAGGAUGUCGAACAAGACAAGGUCGUCAAGACCGUAGCUGCUCACUUGAAGAAGACCGGCAAAGUCAAGGUCCCAGAACACAUGGACCUCGUCAAGACUGCCCGUUUCAAGGAGCUGGCCCCCUACGACCCUGACUGGUUCUACGUACGCUGCGCUGCCGUUCUCCGUCACAUCUACAUCCGCUCCCCUGUUGGAGUAAAGACAGUCACCAAAAUCUUUGGUGGUCGCAAACGCAAUGGUGUCACUCCCUCACACUUCUGCAGAUCGUCAGGCAGCAUCGCCCGCAAGGCGCUGCAGGCCCUCGAAGCCCUCAAGCUGGUGGAGAAGGUCGCCGACGGCGGUCGCGUCCUCACGGUGCAGGGUCGCCGUGACCUCGACAGAAUCGCCGCCCAAGUCCGCCUAAAGGCCAAGCAGGCUGCCAAGCAGAGUGUCAUUGUUCUUGAUCACAAAAUGUUUGUGACAUUCGGACGUCGCACUAUAUUGAUAGUGUUAGUGAAUGUAAUUUCGUGUGUAUUGUGUCUCCGGCAAUAUGGGGAUCCAGGAGACACUUUGUACGUGGCAGGUGGAGAGGAAACUACUGGAAAAUUGACUGUAAUAAACAGAUUUUCGGAGGAGGAGAACUCCCAGCUAGAGAGGAGAAAACGCGAUGUGGCUCCUUCAACACCUCCCGCAGUCGCAGCAAACAUAAGUACAUGGACAACCAACCUGACUGACAGUCAUCAGCAGCUGAUGGUACACUGGGUGGGUGAAGGCUCCAAUGUCAUAAUCUGCCUGGCCCGGGACUCCACUCCCCGGAGCAAAGGCGUGAUCUCACCGUCAGCCCUGUUCAUAUCUUACAACUAUGGCAAGAACUUUACGAACAAGACUGAGAGCUUCCGUUUGGGAGACACAGGUGAUAGUGGAUAUGCACAGUUGGAUAAGUUCUUCAACCACCCAAAAUACCCAGAAUUUUGUGUAUUUGUGGACUCUACCAACAAAAAGCUGUAUUACACAAGCGACAAUGGCCGCAAUAUCCACAGAUCAGACUUGACAUUCCACCCCAGUGAGCUGGCUUUUGAUGAAGAAUUCCCUGAUCGAUAUGUCAUUUUGGAUAAAAUUGACACUAGUCGUAAAUUGUAUCUCACUGUUGAUGGCGGGAAGACUUUCAAGAUGAUCAAUGGCUUCGUAAAGACAUUUUUCUGGUCAUCUGGCCCUGGCUUCUCGAAGGUUUUCUAUGUGGAAAGAUGGAAGCCAGAUAGAACGAGUACAGUAUUCAGCGCGAGUGAUCCGGCGGACUUGAACAACGCCGACGUGUUGUUCGAAGAGGCCAAAGACUUUCAGAUAAAAGGAGACUUCAUGUUUGCGACGAAGCAGUCUAAAGAGAGAAACACACUGCACCUCUACAUCUCCCACCAACGAGGCCCGUUCUACAAGGCAGAGUUCCAAACCGAACUGGAUCUGAAGAAGUUCCACAUAGCAGAUGUCACUGACAAACGUAUAUUCGUCUCUGUCAUGCACACCGACUCUUUAGCCAAUUUGUUCGUGUCGGAAAUCAACAAUAACUUCUCACAAUACAACUUCGUAUUGAGCCUGGAGCAGAUAUUGUGCUAUUUCCCCGAUGGCAACUGGAAGGACAGCUUUCUAGAGGACGUAACAGAAGACCCGUUCACGGAUUUAUACCGCGUGGAAGGUUUGAAAGGGGUGUACAUCGCGUCCAAAGUGAAUUCCACAUCGCUCGUGUCCAACAUUGGACCAGAACACCUCGUCUCCAUGAUCACGUUUGAUCACGGUGUCACUUGGUCCCUCAUCAAUCCGCCCACCAUGGAUGAGAAUGGUAACCGCCUCGACUGCUACCUGAACCAAUCCUGCAGCCUGCACUUGUGCCAGAAGUUCAGUCAGCUGUAUCCAGUCACAAGCCCGCCAGGAAAUGUUGUAGCCGCUGUGUCAAGGUCAGCUAGCAUUAUGAGUUCCAAGUCAGCGCCUGGCAUCAUCAUGGCAACAGGCGUCAUGGGCAAGUCACUGAAGGGAAUCCCCGGGGUUUACAUCAGCAGAGACGCCGGCUUGACCUGGAAGAGAAUCCUCAAAGACUACUACUUCUUCAACUACGGAGACCACGGAGGCGUCCUCGUUGCCGUCAAGUACUUCAAAUCCCGUGGCGAGACACGCAGGAUCCUCUACUCGACCAACGAAGGCAUCGAAUGGAACUCUUAUCAGUUCAACCAAAAUGACCUUCGCAUAUACGGGCUAAUGACCGAGCCCGGCGAAAACACUACGACGUUCACUAUGUUCGGGUCAGCUAACGACCAGCAUCAAUGGAUUAUCAUAACUAUAGAUCUGCGUAACACGUUCUCUCGUAAUUGCACGCCUGACGACUAUAAAUUCUGGUCGCCUUCCGCGCUCAACUCGUCGGUAUCGUGCGUUCUCGGGGUCAGGGAAACUUAUCAGCGACGUUUCGCUCACACUAAUUGCUAUAAUGGCAUUGAUUAUGAAAGACCCGUCAAGAAAGAGAUAUGCGAAUGUAGUAGGCGUGACUUCGAAUGCGACUUCGGCUUCAGGCGUCAAGGCAGCGAGUGCGUUCGCAAUAAGAGCGUUAAUUUUGACCCGUACGCUAUUCCAUCGGAUUGCCGUCCCGGAAAAACGUAUCAACGCACCAAGGGCUAUAGAAGGAUAGACGGGGAUAUUUGCUACAGGGCUUCCUACUUGCCGUACUUACCAGAUACCAUCCCGUGCCCAAUCGAGGAACCCACGGAAUUCUUACUCGUCGCUUUAAGGGACAAAAUCGCUCGCAUUGACUUGACCGAUAACAGCACCAUAAUGCCGGUAACGAAUCAGAAAAACAUUGUCGCGAUAGAGUUCGACAUGAAGAAUAACUGCAUUUACUGGGCGGAUAUUGAGUUAGAUAAAAUUAGUCGUCAAUGUUUCAAUAACGGCACCACCCAGGAGAUCGUUGUGGACACUGAUUUGUCCAGCAUUGAGGGUAUGGCUCUCGACUGGAUUUCGAAUGUCUUGUUCUUCGUUGACGGUAUGAGGAAGAAGAUCGAAGCGGUCAGAACAGAUUUAAAUCACGCUGGUAGAAUGCGAACGACUAUCUUAGACUCCAGGGUGCUGACUAAACCAAGAGGUAUUGCUGUGCACCCUAAGGCAGGGUAUCUGUUCUGGACUGAUUGGGAUAGGGAGAAGCCUUCCAUUUCCCGAUCAAAUCUCGACGGAACCGAGGUGAAGAAACUCUUUGGGAAACCAAUAGUACAAUGGCCAAAUGGUAUAACAAUUGAUCAGAUGUCGGAGAGGAUUUACUGGGUGGACGCUAUGGAAGAUUACAUCGCUAGUGCAGAUUUGAACGGAGGUUACCUUAAGAGAAUAUUAUGGAAUGAUGAAACGGUUUCGCACCCGUUCGCUGUGGCUGUGUUGAAAGACAAAAUGUAUUGGGAUGACUGGAAAGCGAAGUCUAUCUUUGUUGCGGAUAAGAACACUGGAACUGAUAUCUUAACGAUCAACGAUACUUUCACCGGAUUGAUGGACUUGAAGGUCUUCGCUCAUUUUGUACAACAUGGAUCUAACGGCUGCUCUAUCAAAAAUCCCCCUUGCGAAGCUUUAUGCCUGGGCCGUCCCGGGGGCGGAUCGAGUUGUCUAUGUCCAGAUGGCUUUACAAAAAUCAAUGGGAAAUGCAUGUGCCCGAACGGAGAGCGACCAGCGGCUAACAUGACCUGCCCCAAGAAACCUGGCUUGACUUGCGGACCAGACCAGUUCACGUGCAAAAACGGCCUCUGCAUUACGGCGACGUGGCGCUGCGACGGCAACAACGACUGCGGCGACCAUUCGGAUGAAGUCGGCUGCCUGUGCACGCCGCCCAUGAUCCCUUGCGCCGAUACUAGCUGCUACCUUCCGCAUUGGAAGUGCGACGGCGACAUCGACUGCGCCGAUAUGAGCGACGAAAAAGAUUGCGACCGCAACAACUGCACGGCCGAUCAGUUCCAAUGCACCAACGGCAACUGCAUCGAGAAGCGAUGGGUGUGCGACGGAGACAACGAUUGCAAGGACGGCUCGGACGAAGGAAACUGCCCCAUAACUCCAAUGAACCCCAUCGUUCGCGACGGCGCCAACUGUUCGGCAGACAGUUUUGCUUGCAACAACGACAGUUCCCGCCAUUGCAUUCCCAACUCAUGGGUGUGCGACGGAGAGAGAGAUUGUCUUAGUGGGGAAGAUGAGAAGGACGAAAAAUGCAAGCACUCCACCUGCGCGCCUUAUAUGUUCAGAUGCCCGAACGGAAAAUGCGUGUUCAAAUCUUGGGUAUGUGACGGCGAAAACGACUGCGGAGACGCCGAAGAAUCGGACGAACAGAAUUGCAACUCGACUGGCCACACGAAACUGCUUCCUCGGCCGACCACAGAGAAGAUAGAUUUCCCUACCACCUGUUUGGAUUGGAUGUUCCGUUGCGAGAAUGGCAACUGUUUGCCGUACUGGUGGCGUUGCGAUGGCGUCGAUGAUUGCGGCGACCACUCGGAUGAGGCUGGCUGUGGAAUGAUACCGGAGACCACGUCGGUAGCGCCUGAUCACGGGGCCACGAAGGCUAAGUGCGGCAAAAGUCAGUUCACGUGCCAACCAGGUGUAUGCAUCCCACUCAGCUGGGUAUGCGACCAUCGCGAGGACUGCGCCGACGGUUCGGACGAGCUCGGCUGUUCUCGGCCUUCCACCAUCGACACCACGCCCACCUGUGCUGCCGACGAAGCGGCUUGCGCUGAUGGGAAAGGAUGCAUCAAGGACGACCAGUUCUGUGACGGAAUAUCGCAGUGUGCUGAUGGCAGUGAUGAGGCUCUGUGCGGGUCUCAUAUCAGCAACAAGCCAGUCUUGGAGUGUCCUGCCGAGUUGUUCGUGUGCGACGAGGCCACGCUGUGCCUGCCGCGCGCCAAGGUGUGCGACGGGCAGCAGGACUGCUACGACGAGAGCGACGAGGCCAACUGCACCGGCGGCGACUCGCACGUGCAUCAGUUGAUCAGCAUCGGCGUGGGCCUGUCGUCGAUAAACUCGAGCAGCUUCCUGGUGUCGUGCUGGAUGGCGCAGCAGAAGAUGGUGCUCUACAACUUCCUGCCGUCCAUCGCCAAGGUGACAGACGGCGUCUGGCAUAACAUGACCUGGUCCAACGACUGCAUUUAUAGAUUCAAAGACUUGGAGCCAUACACGAAUUACAACGUGACUUUCUACAUCCAAGACAGCAAGUCGAACAAAACAUACGCAUCGCUAAAAUUCGUCAACACCACCACGGGAGAAGGAGUACCAUCGCCGCCAGAGCGUAUGACGGUCCGCCAAAUGAUCGGCAGCCGAGUGCAAGUGGUAUGGGACGCUCCGAAGCAACCGCGCGGGGUCAUCCAAUACUACACAGUGCACUACGCGCCGCCGCUGCCGCCCAUACAGAGCACCGUGGCCGCUAACGCGUCUAACACCAUGGCUAUCACCAUCAAGGGCCUGUUUAAACCGAACAGCAAUUACUCCUUCUGGGUAACAGCAUCAAACAAUGCAUACACGUCGAACUCUUCAGAAGUGGCCAACAUAACGUUCGAGGAGUUCGGUGACGUAGACGAUCUGACCAACGUCAGUAUGACGCGACUUAACUCGUCCGCUUUGUUCCUGUCUUGGUUCCACAUUCGAGGCGUGGAGGGAUACAAGGUGCAAGUGAGGCUGCCGCCUCAGUAUCCUAGGAGAGAACCGAUGGAGACUAAAGCACAUAACAUUACUGUGACGAACCUCCCACCGGGCGUAGACCUCUUCAUCGACAUCCGAGCUUUCAAAGCCUCAUUCAUCGGCGAACCAUUCACGAUCCCGUUACACACAUUCGGCGAGCCCGAUGAGACUUUGAACCUGACCGCCAUCUUGUUGAAGGAUAAGGGCACUUCAGUACAGCUGCGCUGGGCCCCGCCUACGGGUGAUAGAUAUAAAGACAAGAACCUUACUUAUGAAGUGCAUUAUACUAAUGUUGUGAAGAGGCUGCAGCCUGGAGCGAUGAAUAACGACACCAAAGUGGUGACGUCACAGACCAGCAUCCAGUUAGACGGCCUGAAUUCUUGCGAGAGCUACGUGUUCGCCGUAGGAAUGGUGGGCGGCCCGCUGUCCAAGCUGACGGAAGUCAUCACUAGAGAGAAUCCCAAAGCUCCAGUGAAAAACCUACGUGCUAACUACGACGAGAACACCGGGAAACUCACCAUCUUGUGGGACGGCAACUGCGAUGUAUUGAGCGAGGCAGUUACUUACAUGUUGGACGUGACCGAAGAGACUCGCGAAAAGACCAGCAGCUAUGAGUUGCUGCCGACCAAGAACGCCAAGCUCUCUCACGUACUAGAGGGCGUGCCGGUCGGCGCUCGCUACCACAUCUGUGUUCAGUCGAAGAUAACCAACGCAUCCGUAGUGUGCACCAAAGUACGCGCCGGCGAGGUGGCGGCGCCGCGCGGCGUGGUGGCGUGGCAGUCGCCCAACGGACACGUCAUGGUCAGCUGGAACGACGCGCACGACCACACCAACCCGCACAAGCCAACCUAUCAAGUGAUAGUAUCUGAUAAGGAGAUCCCCGAGGACCUGCUUCAUCCCGACGAAGACAUGAAGGUGGCGUCGGCGGAGUUCUCGCCGCUACUGAUGACGGCGCCGGCGCGCGGCCCGCUAUACGUCAGCGUGCGCGCCGUCACGCCGCAGGGCUACUACAGCGACCUCAGCGAGGUGCACACGCUGAGCAUGGAGGGUGAGUGACGUCACGCCCGUGCG